AUGGCCGCCGAUGGCAGCGCUGCUCAGCCGUCAGUGCCGGAGCCAGAAGAUUUCGAUCAAGACUUGAAUCAUGCUACACAACAUUCGCUGUCCAGCGCCGUUCAUGCGCGCAAAUCGGAGUUCGUAAGGCCGCACCGGAUACGCAUCAAGAUUGGAUCGUGGAAUGUGGCCGCUUCGCCAGGAACGGAUAAGGACCUUGCGAGCUGGUUCGUGGAGGGUAGAGGCUUAGAGCCGCAUUUCGAUACCCAUCUUGCCGACCAAAGCCUGAAGGCAAGCGGAACACUCGAAGACGAUACCGGCGAUGGUAGCAAUGGUGACGAUGAGGAUGGCGACACACAGAGUCAGGAUAAGACUUACGUCAACGUGUCGAGCAAGAAACGAAGCGAAAAAACUUCCGAAGCCGAAUCGCACACCGAUGACGAUCCAGACAAUGUUAAGAUUCGUCUUGUGGGAGGCUCCGAUAUUGGCCUGUAUGUCUUGGGACUUCAGGAGAUCAUAUCGCUCAAUAUCAUCGCCGGUUAUGCAGACACAACAGCAACAGAAAAGUGGCAGGCGGCCCUCGAAGCCGCAAUGCCGCCAUACUACAAGCUGAUCGCGUCGCAGCAGCUGUCGGGUCUUUUGCUUCUGAUAUAUGCAUCACCAGAUGUUGCAGCAACCAUUUCGAAUGUGUCGACUGUCGCAGUCGGUACUGGAUUGCUUGGGUAUAUGGGCAAUAAGGGCGGGGUGUCGACACGUAUUGUGAUGGGCGAAACGACGAGAAUUGUCUUCACCAACAGUCACCUGGCCUCCGGCCACGACCAAACAAAUCUCGAGCGCCGUUGGUGGGACUAUAAUCGGAUAUUAGCACAGACUCAGUUCAGCCCUAUCAGUCAUAGUGCCAUCCCUCAAGAAGAAGGCGAGAAGAUCGGAGACGAGGAUUUUGCAUUUUGGUUCGGUGAUCUGAACUUCCGUCUAGACGGGCUGCCUGGGGAUGACAUACGCCGUCUUCUUAUGCUCCAUACUAGAGGUGAAUAUGGUGCGAAGAAGGAAAUUGGCAAAUCUAUGUCUGAUGAGGAUGGUGUCAUCAUUAUGCACAACAAGGAUGACGCAAGCUCAGAUGGCACCAAUACGCCAGGCAUGGUCUCUCGAGAAGCGAGUUUCGACCAGGGCGAUGAUGACAAGGAGGAGCUCCCUGAUCCAGAUGACUUUGUCCCAGAUCCUCACGAUGAUCCGGCUUCUCUUCAGGCCACGCUUGACUCUUUGCUACCUCAUGAUCAGCUUGCGCAGACUAUUAAAAAGCGAAAGGCAUUUCACGAGGGUUGGUCCGAGGGUCCCAUCACGUUUCUCCCUAGUUAUAAGUACGACAUUGGGACCGUCGGAUUGUUUGACUCUUCAGAGAAACGCCGUGCUCCAAGUUGGUGCGAUCGCAUCCUGUUCCGGACAAAGACGGAUCUGGAUAAUUACAGGACGAAAGUCGUGGAAGAGGCGGAGGCCAAAAAGCGAGAUGAAGAUAUGAAGAAACGAGGCAUCGACACGGCAGCGGACGACGAGAGCGUUCUAUUCGACUAUGAUCCGGACAAAGACGUUUCCUCUUCCUCGGUCAAUGAUAACGCUUAUGAUUAUGAUGAGUACGACGAUGGAAAUGAAGAAGCUGAGGGUGAAGGUCAAACUGUGUUCACAAGAGAGGGCUUUGAGGAUCAUAUCCGUCUGGAUCUCUACACAACACACCAGCGUAUAACUAGUAGCGACCACAAGCCAGUAGUGGCGCUGUUCACACUUGACUACGAUGCCGUCGUCCCGGAACUCAAAGCCAAAGUCCAUGCCGAAGUGGCUCGAGAGUUGGAUCGAGCAGAAAAUGAGGGAAGGCCCGGCAUCACAAUUGUAGUCGACACCAAGGAGGGAGGCCAUCAUGAAGAUGAAGGCGAUGAUGGAAGUGGCGGUGUCGAUUUUGGUAACGUGGCAUUCUUGCAGCCUUCAACGAGAUCGCUUACGAUUGCGAACACUGGCGGUGUACCUGCAACAGUCAGUUUUGUUGAGAAGCCAGGCAUCGAAGACGAUUCGGACGACACGACCAGGAAUUCUGAUACCGAGUGGCUGAGCGUUUCGUUGCAUCACUCCCCCGACACCAUGCUUCAAGAUAGCGAGACUCAGUCCAAGAAGGAGACGCACGAAAUUGUGCUCGAACCGGGGGAAACAGCCUCGGCAACUCUCGCUAUCUCGGUGGCUUCGAUUUCUCUCCUACGGUCUUUGAACUCUGGCACUGCAUCCUUGGAGGAUGUACUGGUGCUUCGGGUUGCUGAUGGUCGGGAUCAUUUCAUUCCAAUACGCGCCGAAUGGACACCAACUUGUUUCGGACGAAGUAUCGAAGAGCUGAUUCGUGUCCCGCCACGGGAGGGGGGACUUCGAGGCUUCAUUGAGAACCUUCAGAGGGAGGAAAAGGACGUUGGAAAAGAUUGGAAAGGCGGCAGUAUUCCGUACAGCCUAGACGUUCACUCUUCGUCGCCUCCCGAGCUUUACAAACUGACAGCAGCGGUUGAGGCUCUGUCAGAACGAGUAAUUGCGGACGAGACCAUGGUUCAAGAGGACGCUGUGAGAGUCCCACGAGACAAGGCAGGGUGGCCAUUUGCCGAAAAGCAUCCUUCAACGGACCAAGAGAGUGACCGCAGCACUCAUCUUGCGUCCAUCAUUCGCGCGCUGGACACUGAUAAUCCCACCAAUCUCCUAGAUGCUGUUCCCAAGACGGAGAUCUCAACCCUUGUAAAACUCGAAAUUUUUGCCGACGCUUUGCUCAUCUUUCUGCGAUCUCUCACUGACGGUAUCAUACCUGCUCAUUUAUUUGCGAAAAUCGAAAUGUCUCUCCCAUCACUUGGUUCCAGCUCUACAAGUACGAGAUCAGCUCAGGAAAUUGAGGAUGACAAGAGUGCUAUUCUUGACAUUUUGUCUGCAGCACCGUACAACAACAUCUCAUUUGUCUUCGUUACGAGCAUGUUGGCAAAAUUGGCCGCAGACGUGACGCCUCUCAACACAAAAGAACUUGAGAUACUAAAUUCGGAUGUCAAGAGUAGGGGCAAAGCCCGAAGUCUGAGCUUCAGAAAGAGCAUAUUGGGCGCGGCUGGAUCUGGCGUGGAUCAAGCCGCACUUCAGAGGCGAACUGGUUGGGAACGAAGGGUUGCAGAGAUUUUUGGACCUGCUGUGUGCCGGAGCGGCAACGCUGGUGGCGACAAGAACAAGGAGAAGGACAGGAGGGCGAGCGAGGUACGGAUGGCCGGUGUGAUAGAGAUAUUUCUCAGGAGAAGAGAUGUGAAUCGAUAG